AUGCCCCUCUCGACUCUGCGUGAGUCGAUUCAGGCAGAGACCGGCAUUCUACCGACUUCCCAACACCUCUACCACAACGGCAAUCUGCUACCUUCUGAUGACGGAUCCAAGACUAUGACCGACCUCGGAAUCGCAGACAACGAUAUGAUGGCUGUCCAUGUAAGGGACAUGCGAGUGCGGGGUUCACAAGGCCGCACCGCGCAAGCUACAGCGAGUUCUGCUACCGGCCAAGACCCUGAGCUCAUCAGGCUGCAAAUCCUGGGCGACCCGCGGUUGCGCGCUCAGGCUCAACAACAGCAGCCGCAGCUCGCUGCCGUCCUGGAAGAUCCUCAGAGGUUCGCUCAGAUGUUCAACGAGAACUACUUGCGCGAGCAGAGGGAGCGGGCAGAGCGGCAGAGAGAGAUACAGCGCCUGAACGACGAUCCCUUUGACGAAGCUUCCCAAGCUCGGAUAGCUGAAAUGAUCCGCCAGGAGCGUGUUAUGGAGAACCUGCAGAAUGCCAUGGAGCACAACCCUGAAGUAUUCGGCCGCGUUCAUAUGCUCUAUGUUGAUGUUGAAGUCAACGGCCACCGAGUGAAAGCGUUGGUGGAUUCUGGAGCACAGGCAACCAUCAUGUCUCCAGGAUGCGCCGAGGCCUGUGGCAUAAUGCGCCUUGUGGACAAGCGUUUCUCCGGCAUUGCCAAGGGCGUCGGUACUGCCAACAUUAUCGGACGCGUUCACUCGGCCCAGAUCAAGAUUGGCAACUCCUUCCUCGCCUGCAGCUUUACGGUCAUGGAGGGGAAAUCUGUAGACCUGCUUCUUGGUCUGGACAUGCUGAAGCGCCACCAGGCCAGCAUCGACCUGGCAAAGGAUAAGCUUAUCAUCCAAGGCGAGGAAGUUGCCUUCCUCAGCGAAGCUGACCUUCCGAAGGAGACGGAAGAAGCGUUGGAGGAAGAACCAAGGCUUCCAGGCCCGGACGGGACUACCAUUGGCCAGCGGUCUGGCGUCGUGUCUGGUCCCGGGGAGGGUGCAGCGCAAACAUCUCAGCAGCAGCAGCAGCGUGUGCCACCGGCUGCUGCCGCCACCGCGCCGCCGGCAGCUGCGCCUGGGGUGGCAUCUACGCGGUCUGGCGCUCCCGAGGAGGCCAUACAGCAGCUACUUGACCUCGGAUUCGAACGUGGGCCUGCGAUCGCCGCGCUCCAGGCAACGGGAAACAACGUCGAGUAUGCGGCGGGGCUUCUCUUCGAGAAUCAGCGCUAA